CUCUCCGCGCGCUCCGGACUUGAGCGUCCCUGUCUCGUUGGAGUCGUUGGUGUCGGCAGUCUGGUGUUUUCUCGAUUUUGGCGGGCCGGAUUGUGGACCGUUACUUUGUCCUUCAAUUAUCUCUCGAAUUAACCAACUUACGAAGGAUAAAUGAUGGCAGACAAGGACGGCGAUUUUAGUUGAGUCGAAUAUGAUUGAAGAAGCUGACAAUGAGUCAAAUAAGAUUGAAGGAGCUGAGUCGAAUAAAAUUGUAAGAGCUGAGUCGAGUAAGAUUGAAGGAGUUGAGUCGAAUAAGAUGGAAGGAAUUAAGUCGAAUAAAAUUGAAAGAGCUGAGUCGAGUAAGAUUGAACAAGUUGAUUUGAAUAAGAGUGCAAGCAAAUCAAUUAUAGAGAGUAUUCAAUCAAUGGAUGGAACCACACAGCUGAUAAGAGGAGAUUUAAGCGCCGCUGUUUGUUCAGAGGGCUUUGACGACGCGGUGGAGGAACGUAUUAUCAACGAGGAGUAUAAAAUAUGGAAAAAGAACACACCGUUUCUAUACGAUCUUGUCAUGACACAUGCUUUGGAGUGGCCCUCUUUAACGGCUCAAUGGCUUCCCGAUGUCACUAGACCUGAGGGAAAAGAUUAUUCAAUUCACAGGCUAAUCUUGGGCACUCACACUUCGGACGAACAAAAUCAUUUGCUCAUAGCUAGCGUCCAACUUCCGAAUGAAGACGCUCAAUUCGACGCCUCACACUACGACAAUGAGAAGGGUGAAUUUGGUGGAUUUGGUUCCGUGAGCGGUAAAAUCGAGAUUGAAAUCAAGAUCAAUCAUGAAGGCGAAGUCAAUAGAGCGCGAUUCAUGCCGCAAAAUCCAUGUGUGAUUGCAACGAAGACUCCCUCGAGCGACGUGCUCGUAUUUGAUUAUACCAAACAUCCCAGUAAACCGGAUCCCAACGGGGAAUGUCAUCCAGAUCUUAGAUUGCGAGGACACCAAAAGGAAGGUUACGGACUCUCAUGGAAUCCGAAUCUUAAUGGAUAUUUACUUAGCGCGUCUGACGACCACACGAUUUGUUUGUGGGAUAUCAAUGCCACACCGAAGGAAAAUCGUGUUAUCGAUGCGAAAACUAUCUUUACAGGACACACAGCCGUGGUCGAAGACGUCGCUUGGCAUUUAUUACAUGAAUCCUUGUUUGGUUCAGUCGCUGACGAUCAAAAGCUAAUGAUCUGGGACACUAGAUGCAACAAUACUAGUAAACCAAGUCAUACCGUUGAUGCUCACACUGCUGAAGUAAAUUGCUUGAGCUUCAAUCCGUAUUCUGAAUUCAUACUGGCUACUGGCAGUGCGGACAAGACUGUGGCGCUUUGGGAUUUGCGAAAUCUUAAAUUGAAGUUGCAUUCAUUUGAAUCGCAUAAAGAUGAGAUCUUCCAAGUCCAAUGGUCGCCACAUAACGAAACUAUAUUGGCAAGCAGUGGUACAGAUAGACGGUUACAUGUCUGGGAUCUCAGCAAGAUCGGCGAAGAACAGUCCAGCGAAGAUGCCGAAGACGGACCGCCCGAACUUCUGUUUAUACACGGAGGUCACACCGCAAAAAUCAGCGACUUUUCGUGGAACCCGAACGAACCGUGGGUCAUAUGCUCGGUAUCGGAGGAUAACAUAAUGCAAGUAUGGCAAAUGGCGGAGAAUAUUUACAACGACGAGGAACCCGAGACCCCUGGGAGCGAGAUUGAAACUGGUGGCUCAUAACGUGAAAUAUAAUUCAUCAAAUUGUUUUGAGCUAUCGCCACCUUCUCCCCUCCCCCCCUGACUGAGGAUUAUAAGCGCAGCCCUAGUUGCGCCAUGUUGUUGAACAUCUCGGUGUAACGAGCUUGAAGACAUUCCUUUUCACCAGUAAACAAUAAUUCUUGCUUUUAAUCAUGUAAACUAAAAAGUUAAAAGAUUCUAUUACCAUGUUUUCGGCGAACGUAUUGCGCAGAUAAUACUAUCUUAUCAGAUCUGACUAAAUUUGUAUUUCGAAAUUUGAAAAAAAAAGUUUACGAAUAACUUAAAAUAUUCCGAAAGAAUGAAAGUGGUCAGAGUUGUUGUUUUACGGUGACAAAUUGGCUAUGUUAACAAUGAAUAAAAUAACCAGCUGACAAAAUAGUUAGCUAUAAUAAAAUAACUGCUAGUUACACCCGUUGUGAGCCAUAUUUAUAUGAAGGCACUGUUUCUCUGUUACAACUUAAAAGAGAACUCAAGUAAGACUAGGGGAUGCCAGGUACUUUUUCUACUUCGUUUUAAGCGUGAAUAAAGAAAUGAUGUAAACUCGA